AGAAGAGGAGGGGAGAAGCGAAAUGAGCUCCUUGGCCGACCAGCUACGCUCCGACCUCGCCGCGCUUCGGAACUGCAUCGUUGCGCAGCGCCUCCACGCCGCGGCGUCGCUUCCCCUACCCGAUUCAGAGACCCUUUCUGUUGUAGCCGCAGAUCAGCAGCACCCGUUACAGCAGCGGUCGCCGCACGCCAAACCACUUUUGAAAAGUCAAUCAUCAGCAUUAUCAUCAUCAUCCGCAGCAGCAGCAGCAGCAACCUCCCCUGUCGAUCCCUUGUGUCAACUGCAGGAGGAUCUUCAAGCCGCUACCGCCCAACUCCACGCCGAACGUGCGGCAGUGGCGCAGCUGCGCAUUCAGCAACGUUGCGAUGAGGCCGCGAUCCUCCGGCUAACCGAACAGACGGAGGAGGUGGAUGGCCAACUCGCGCAGGCCACGUCCGAGCGCGACGCCUGGCAGCAACGGUGCACCGCCGUGGAGGCGAUCCACGCGAAGUGUGCGGUCCACCACUCCUGUGUGCGCGAGCAGGUGGAGGCGCUCCAGCAACACGUAAAAGAUGUGGAGGCCGUUCAUGCUACACUCACGGCAUCCGCAGCGGAGCUUCGCCGUGUUGCCGCGCGACUGACGCAAGAAAACACACGGCUGCACGAAAUGUUGAAGGGUCAUGCGGCGGAGCUGUUCCGACUGUCCUCGGUGGAAGUCGAUCUACGCGCAGCUCAGCAGCGCCUGUGCACCUUUGAGCAGCGGCAGGAGGAAUGGGAGGGCGAAAUGCGACGCCUUCAGGGCUACUUUACUUCCGUGAAGGACGAGUACGCUACCGGGAUGGAGUUGGUGGCGGCGCUGCAGCACGAGCACCGUCAACUGGAGGCCGCGCUGGCGCAGAGCGAGGCGCAGUGUAACGGAUGGGCGCAGCUGUUUAUGGAUUCCGCGGUGACACCUCCUGCAGGUAAGGCGGACGACACGCUGUCAGACGGAGGGAAAGAGGAAGUGGAAGAUAGAGUGGCGUUCGAUGAUGCUUCGAAGAGUCCGCGUUCGCCUCUCGACACGGAAGUACCAUCAACUACCACCUCCUCCACACUUGCAAACCUUCAGCGCCGACAGGCAGACACAGAAGAUGACGACGUCUCCUUUGCAGCGGAAGAACGUCGCGAUGGUGCACACGGUUCACGUGAGCACCGCGCCGCCUUCACGCAGCAGCUGGAGGCAAAGGUAGCCGACCUCGCUGUGCAGCUCUUCGCAGCGCAGGCACGCGCAGCACAGGCAGAGCGGCACGUGGAGCAACUCGCCCAGGUGCAGUUGGUGGACAUGGCGGUGCUUACGGAGCUGAAGGCGAUGGUGUGUGUGCUGCGUCCCCAAACAGAGUCCUUGGCCACGUACAAUGCCCAGCUGCAGGCGCGGCUGCUGGCGACGGAAUGCAUGACAGAGCCGCUGAUGGAGUACGUUGUGCAGCUCGCCACGGCGUACACGGAGGAGGUGUGUCGCCGUUGCAAUCCGCAGCUUUGUUCACCAGGGCAUCGGGAAGGCGGCGGGGAAGCGGUGUUGAGUGUGAAAAGCAGCACAGAUGCCGGCAGCGCGGAGGAGCGCGGUACGACGGUGCCGCCGCCUGCGCAACGCGAGCACGUGCCGGGGAAGCGGCAUCGGCUGCGUGUCACCGCCCUUCAGCCUCGACGUGGUGCAUAA